CUUUUGACUUGGCGGAUCACGCAACAUACGGAUUAACUGUGAACAGUGCAUAACAGAAAAUGAAGCUAAUUUGUUUUUUAAUGAUCGUCAUUUUGGCUGCGGUCGCGCAGGCACGUAGUGACAAAUAUUUUGGUGGGAAAUACCAUGUGCCAACAAAAGCAGCAACAACACGACAGCAAACAACAAAACCAACAGCCAGUAAAGCAAACUUCCCGCAGCGACAAACAACGGCCACUUAUAAACAUCCGAACAGCAUUACGGCCGGCCGACGCGGUGAUGCUGGGCCAAAAGUGCCGAUCUUGCGUAAUGAUCAAGAAAUGAAAAAAGACGGCCGCUAUCACUAUCAAUACGAAACGGGCAAUGGCAUUAGCGGCAUGGAACAGGGCACUGCUGGUGUUGCGAUCAAAGGCGCCUCCAGCUAUGUCUCACCCGAAGGUGUGGCAAUCAAGCUGUCCUACACGGCGGAUGAAACCGGCUAUCAUCCGGUGGGCGAUCACAUUCCCAAGACACCCGACUAUGUGCUGCGCGCACUCGAAUAUAUACGCACACACCCCUUCAAGGUGAUAAAGGCCGGCGAAUUGCGCCCACGUCUGUCCACUGAGAUUGCGCCACCAUUACUUACCCCCCACAAUUCGCGAAAUUUCAACUACAAGACGAGCAGCUUCAACAGCAAGAGCGUUGCGAAGAAGCGUCCGAGUCAACGGAAUGCUAGACGCAACGAUGUGAGGCGCCGUUUUUGAAGUGUGUCUGUUUUACGUCUGCAGUAAAAUGGAUCUCACUCUCUGUUGUGGCGUAGAUAAGAUGAAAAUGUAUUCUAAUUUAUUUAUAAUGAAUUUAACGAAUUCCAUGCACAUUACACAGCUGAAGGGCCGACACACCGACGCACUCAUUCAUAGUCAAUCACAUUCGCACAAGUACAACACUGUUAUAUAUGUAUAAAAAAUGCAAACUGGUUAAAUAAAAUAUUUUAAUUUUAACACU